AUGGUCACCACGUCCGUCGAGGCGCCUCGCGUCGCCCGUAAGCCCAUGCAAAUCAAACCCGCCAUUCCUCUGCCUCAUCUCAAGCGUCAAGCUGCUGCCGCAGCUGCUCGCCAGCGCGCCAUUACUCCGGCUUCGGAGACCAAAGGUAGUGAUGCUGCCAAAUCCGACCUUGGCUCUUCCUCACCCACCAGCCCGGCCACAACCACAACAAAGGCCAAUGCGGAAAGUCCCAUGGUCCAUGGCAAUCCUUCUCCACCUCCCACUGCGUCCACCGAUGGUCACACCGUCGCUGAAAAUGCGAAUGAUGCAACCUCCACGCCAGAUGCUACGCAGCCUUCCAUUGCUUCUCCUACAACCAGCGUCGAAGAGACCAAGACGCAACCUCAGGUCAAUGGCCACAUGCACCAGGAGAGCACGCAGGCAUUGAACGGACAUGUCGAGGAGUUCACGCCGCGUCCUGCGUCCUCCAUUGCCAACGAGAACAUCCAAGCACAACCCCCCGCCGGCGACGGAAUGUCGGCUCCUGUCGCUCACCAUAUGCCAGCGCAUGCAGACGGGCCCCCAGGCUCCCAGUUCACUCCCAACGGACCUGUCUUCACCCACAAACCCCACCCCUCUCUACAGUUUGGUGCUCUCCGCGAUACUAGGGACCCUUCGCCCGAUCCGCUGUCUGCCGGCCUUGUGCCGCCUCAGGGUAUGCCACUCCACGCAGGUCGACCACCGUUCGUGCCCCAUGCCUCAGGCGGGUUUGCGCAUGGCGGACCUCCCCCGCCUGGACUCCCUGUUCUUCCUGGCAAUGAGAUGGGCGCAUUUGGCGGACCCAACAUGCCAUUCCCACCCGCGGAGUCCUAUUACCCUGGGGGCGCAUUUCCACACACCACCUACAGCUACCACGAAUCUCAGUCUUCGUCGAUCCCGGAAGAUGUUGGCCCAUAUGCGCGAUUCGCCCAUGGCGGUCCUCGUCAGCCACCUGGUUUCGGCGCAGACGUACAGGGACGAGGGACCGUGUUCCCAGGCACUCAACCAAGUCCGACUCCUAUGAUGCGUCCUGACAGCAACGCUCGUGGCCUGGCUCAGCACGUUUCGAGGCAUUUCGGCGAUCCCACCUUCUCAGACUGCACGCUCGAGGUAGUGUUUCCAAGCGCGCCUGACGACAAGCCUAAGAACUGCACGAUUCUUGGCCAUCGCCUCGUGUUUUCGCGCAGCAGCCUUCUGUACGAGGCGAUGCAGAAGCAGAAUACCCAGUCCCUCCCUCAGUCCCUAGUUUACUACAUAGGCAACCCCUUGGUCGAGCCCGAUACCUUUCAUCAGGCCAUCCACUCCCUCUACGGGUACCCCCUACUCGAGAUGCCUCCACUUGCGGAAAACUGCACAGCGUUUGGCACUCCCGAGCAGCAGUUUCGCUAUGCAGUUUCAUACGCUGCUGCUGGAGAGGCUCUGAAGUGGGGUCCCGUUGUCUAUCGCGGCUGCGAACUGGCGGCGCGGCUUAUCAAUGUCCAGACGUUCGAGAAAGCUUUCGAAUUUGCCCUGGCCGACUACGAGGACAAGGGCUCCUACGAAAACUUCCGGUUCUACGAAGGCUCGCGCAUCUUGCUGAGCUCCGUGGUCGACUUUAUGCUUCGUGAGCUUCCCAGGGACUUCGUCCUCGACACCACCAUGGCCAACAGACCCGUAUUCGUUCGCCUGCCAUAUGAUACGCCUUCCCCGAGCAAGCGCGCUGCUAAGGAUUCAUCCUCGCCUGUGGUUGUGAAGGGCCACCGAGCAUCUGGCUCCAUGUCUCAAAGUCGCCAGAUACAGUUUGGCGAUCUGACCAUCGCCAACGAUGGUGACGAUGCUGCGCAGGCCACGCCCAAGCUUGGUCAGCAUGCCACCGCUUCUGUCAACGUCCUUUUCUCACACGUUCUCAUUAACAUGCCCUUUGGCUAUCUCAAGAUGUUCCUUGAGGCUGUGCCUGGACACCACAAUGCCUGGGCCAGCGGCGAAACGAGAUACCAGGUUGUCCAGUCGGUUGUUGCGGAGCGUGAAGCCCGCCGCUUGCGCGCGCUGGACGCCGUGGUGGCGGGGCGUGUACCCGACUCUAUUCCUAUCCAGGCUGUGCUGCGAAGCCCUGAGCCGUCGCACUCGGCUCCGUGGGGUAUCCUUGGCUGGAAGGAAGAGAUAAAUUUCCCCAACAGCGCCAGCGGACCGACCCUCACCCGCCAGUGGGCGCCUAUUCAAGAUGAGCGCCGCAUCUCAGUUGCCGCUUAUCCCUGA